AUGGCGGCUAAAAUAAAAAAUAUUAACAAAACUGCAAAGAUCAAAAACAUGGAUAUUUUAACUGGAAAAGAGAAAAUAUUAGGUGAUGUAUUUAAAUUUGUUACUCCUUAUAAACAAAGAAUAUUUUCUCUAUCCGAGCCCAGUAAUACCGAUUGCAAUAAUGUUUCAAUUAUAGAUAUUACAGGUCAAUGGAAACAGAGUGGGAGGAUACCGACAUUGAAUAAAUUUACGACAUCCAUACUGGAAUUAAAAAAUUUAAAAAAGUAUAAAAAAAUUGAUUCAGCAUCACCUCAAACGGUAUCAUGUUUCAACAACACUGAUGCUAAGAUUAAAAAUUCUUUACAAAUAGAUUCUCAAAAUACCUUGCCUUUAUUAAAAACUCCAAAAUCCGAAGUUCAACUGAUAAGUCCAAUAAAUCAAUCUGCUAGUAAUCAUAAUAUAAGAAAAUUAAAAUUCGCAUUAAUGGUAGUACCAAAAUUAAUAGAAGAUAAUAAUAAAAAUGAAUUUUCAAAUACUGUUAAACUACCUCAUUUCGAAUCAAUAUUAAUCGAACCUAAUACUACAGAAAUAUUAAGAACCAAAGAUAAGAAAAAUAAUUCGAAUAAUGAAUUUAUUUACAACAUUAGCACGUGUGGGACAGAAAAUUCUACAACUAAAACUAAUUUCAAAUUUUUAAAUAAAAAUAAUAUGACUAUAAAAACUAGCAAUGCUAUGAAGAUCAAUAAAAUAAUAACUAGAUCAAGAAAUGGAUGUUGGAUUUGCAGAUUACGUAAGAAGAAAUGUUCAGAGACAAAGCCAUCAUGUGAUAAUUGCAAACGUUUGACGUUGCAUUGUGAUUAUAACAAAAUACAACCUGAAUACAUUGUAAAUCCCAUUGAAAAACGAAAAAAACUUUUAGGUUAUAAAGAAUAUAACAAGGGAAGUCAAGAAACAAUUAAUGAGAGAAAAUAG